CGCGAGGGUAACCCGCGCUCCUCGGAAUUUCCCUCAUAAUUGUGCUGUACUUUCCGCUGCUAAUUUGCAUCCUCAGCUGAGCAGAUCAGCCUCUGAGACCUAUAACCGCCGGACAUUCACGUACUUUGUUAUUUCCGCCAGACCAUUUUCAUUAGUGGCUUUGCGCUUUAUCCGUAAACUCCAGUGAGUUUCGUCUAUGCCCUAUGUUUAAGUUAUUGCAGAACUGUCGACGCCGUACAAUGAAGUGUUUCUUGUCCGCGUCGUUGAAGAAAUUCGCACUGUAUAUUUCGGCACUGAUAUACCUACAUUUCCCAGGAAAAUUUUCAGUCUGUGCUUCAGUUGAGGACCUGUUAGAGCAAGGUACGCGACUUCUAGCUGCUGGUCAGCUGGCUGAUGCGUUGUCAGUUUACGUCCAGGCCGUCGACGCUGAUCCACAUAAUCACCUGACGUAUUACAGACGUGGCACAGCACAUUUAGCGCUGGGAAACGUUCGCCUCGCUCUGCCUGACUUCGAUCAAUCUGUCAAACUGAAUGGAGGUUUCAUUCCGGCUAUUCGACAACGUGCAAUGCUUCAUCUCAAGAUGGGACAUUUACAUGAAGCGAAGUCGGACUUUGGAUUACUAGUUCCUUCGGAUCCAGAGGCAUCAGAGAAGCUCACUCAGAUAACAAUGAUGGAGGAGCAACUGGUCGCCGCUCCACGCCUAUUUAGGGAAGGGCGAACACGUGAUGCAUUAAGGCUGUUGGACUCACUGGCAGAAGUAAUGAAUUUCAACCCGGAGGUUAGAGAAUUGCGUGCUCAGUGUUAUCUAAGGCUUGGAGACGUGCAAAAGGGCGUGCACGAAAUGCGAUAUGGUGUUCGUCUACUUAAUGACAACCGAGAAGGCUUGUUAAAAUUGGCACAGCUUAUGUAUGAUUCUGGUCUAGCGGUUCAAUCUGUGGAAGAACUCCGCGAAUGUCUUCGACUGGAUCAGGAUGAUAAGAAUUGCAUGCGUUUAUAUAAAGUCGUCAAGAAACUGGCCAAAGAUAUUACCCAAGCGCAGGAAUCAAUGGAAAACUCCCGCUAUAAAGAUUGCAUCAAGCAUGCGGACUCUAUACUGAAACUUGAGCCUUCUCAUCGGGAGUAUCAGAACCAAGCAAAGUUACUCUUAUGUCAGUGCCACUCCCGGUCCAAUAGUGCUGGUGGCGUAACUUACUGCGAAGAAGUCAUCAGCCAGUUUCCAGAAAACGUGGAUUUACUCUGUGACCUUGCCGACUCGUACAUCAAUGCUGAAAAGUAUGAUGAUGCUAUCCGAACAGCCCAAAAGGUAUUCGAUACAGACCGGCGUCAUCAGAGGGCUCGAGAGAUUCUUCAGAAAGCCCAGCGCUUGUUGAAAACUAGUCAACGCAAGGACUAUUACAAAAUACUGGGUGUUAGUCGUUCGGCAACUAAACAAGAAAUCGCCAGUGCCUACAGAAAAUUGGCUCGUAAAUGGCAUCCGGAUCGAUAUGAGGGUGAGGACAAGAAGAAGGCGGAACGCGAAUUCCUUCUCAUCUCUUCGGCCAAAGAGGUGUUAACAGAUGAUGAGAUGCGCAGUCGAUACGACAACGGCGAGGACCCGUUGGAUCCGCAACAACAACAGCAACACCAAGGUCCUUUCGGACCAUUUGGAGGUUUCUCGUUUGCCAACAUGCACCCGUUCGAUGGGGGACACUUUGAGUUCCGAUUCAUGUAGCACACAAACCGCCAACUAUUGGACAGAUGAUUCAGGAUGCUCUUCUCAUUCUUUCUGUCGCUCCGCCUGUCACUUUAGAGCCUCACUGCCUAUGUGUGUUUCACCCCCAUCCAAUCUCCUCGAUUCAGCACACAAAUGUGUUUUAUAUGGUUCGGUUGAUUACUUGACUGCUGUUAUGUUGCGCCUUUAAAAAGAACUGUUCCUUCCUCCAUUUUUUGUACAUACCAACGAGGUCGAUUGUUGGCUAGUAAGUUGCUUGUGCUGUUUUCUACUGAUUUCGAACCCUUCAACCCAAUUGUCUUGUAUCCCGAUACCCCCUCCCCUAAAGGGGCCACUCAACCCUCCUAUCUGUGUUGUCUGCCCUCUAAUAACAGAAGUCAGGCUGUUGUUUUUAACUGUUGCCGCUACCGCAUUGCUUUCUUGGUCAUCCGUCUUCCAGCUCGGUUUUUGGUCGGCAAACUUGCGCGAACUAUGGGCA